AUGCCAGUGUCUAAAGGUGGAGAAUUUAAGUUGCAGAAACUGAAACGAGGUCACAACACAUCUAUCAUGGACAUGGGACAGGAAGAAGAGAACAACCUUUCUAAAUCCGACGUGGUGCUAUCGUUUACCCUGGAGACAUUAUGGCCCCCAAGAAGAAAGCUGUGACUUUUAGCAAUGCUUCUGCAGCCAAAGGAGAAUCCCUUACCAUGGAAAGGAAGCUCAAGGUCAUAAAAAGUUCGGCGAAAGGAGAGACAUCGCUGAACAUCGGUCAAGAGCUAGGCUUCAGUCGGUCGACCGUGAUGGCAAUUAUUAUAGACAAAGUCCGUAUUUUAGCGCAUUUGAAGGGUUCCGUUCCUACGUCGGAUAGUGAUCACAAAACAACGUUCUUUGAUAUUUAUCGAGAUGGAGAGGCGACUUAUGUUAUGGAUUGAGAACCAGAUUCCUUUGAAAUAGGUAAGCACAGCCUUCCCUUCUUCUCAAUCUACCUCUCAGCAGUAAUGGUAAGUACAACAUCUUAUUUGUUUAUUUCAGCAUUUUUGUUUUUUAUACAAAGUAUUUUGACAUAAAUUAUGACUUUAAUGGUGAAAUCCGACUUGCAACGCAAUUCGAGUUACAUUACAAGCAUAGGAACGAAAAGCGUUCAUAACCAGAGGACUCCCUGUACUGUAUUUGAUUCAAAUCACACUUUUGGUUGACAAACAGCGAAAAUUAUUCUUUUUCAGGAUUUUCUUUACCCUGGAAAACAUUGGAUCCUAAUGUGACCUGGCAGCUCAACAAUAUUUGAGACGUUCAGUCUUUUAAUUCACAAUAAAUAAAGAUUAAUUACCAUUAAACAACAAAACAUGUUAGUUUCAUCCAUUCAUCUAUUAUUUUUUCAAUCCUGCUUGUCCUGCUUCAUUUGUUUUAUUUUCCAGAAGAGAUGGGCAGAUACCAACAAAACAUUGCCUGUGAUUUUAAUUUGUCUGCUGUAGCUAAUUACUCUGAGAUAAUUACAGGCAGCAAUUAGCUUGUGUUUUCCAGCUGUUUUUGUUGAUUUUAAUUUCAGUCUUUGGUGCUGCUGAGAUUAUGUAAUAAUAUAUGGAGACAAAAUGAAAAAAAAAAGUUAAAUAUUUUAAAAACCACAAACAUUUUAAACUAUGACAGAUAUAUAAUGUUGGGUUGGCUUGAAUGAAUAAGUCUUCUAAUGCUCCCUGUUUAUCUGCAAUUUCUACAAAUUUGCACAGCUCUCUAUUGAGAUAAUACAAGUAAUUUGCCAUUAUACAUGAUUAAUUUUACAUCCCAUUGAUAUCAAACCAUCCAGUUGUGUAUCUUAAUUGUGCAGAUCCUCUUUGUUUCAAAAUUCAAUGUUUCAGGUAAGAUAAAAUGCGGGAUUUUUUUUGCUGAUUAUUCUAAGUUUAAAACAUCUUGAAGCUCUUCAUUUGGCUCAUAUGUCCUCUGGCAUUGUGUAAAGCUGUGACUUUGUGUGUUGCAGGUGGUCAUUACGGAGGUGCAAGGUCUUAAGUCUUUGGCUCCAAACAGAAUUGUGUACUGCACUAUGGAGGUCGAAGGAGGGCACAAACUGCAGACAGACCAGGCUGAAGCUUCUAAACCCAUUUGGGGAACCCAGGGGGAUUUCACAACAACACAGCCCUUACCUGCUGUCAAAGUGAAGCUCUUCACCGAAAGCACCGGAGUGCUGGCCCUGGAGGAUAAAGAGCUUGGAAGGGUUGUCCUCCACCCAAGUCCGAACAGUUCCAAGCAGUCUGAGCUGCACAAAAUGUCAGUUUCUAAAGGCUGCCCAGACAUUGACCUCAAGAUCAAAUUGGCGAUCCGCAUGGAUAAACCCCAGAACAUGAAGCAUUGUGGGUACUUGUGGGCCAUUGGUAAAAAUGUAUGGAAAAGAUGGAAGAAACGAUUUUUUGUUCUAGUUCAGGUGAGUCAGUACACAUUUGCGAUGUGCAGCUACAGAGAAAAGAAGGCAGAGCCAGUAGAGUUGCUCCAACUGGAUGGCUACACUGUGGACUACACUGACCCUCAACCAGGCCAUGAUGGUGGUCGGACUUUCUUUAAUGCUGUGAAAGAGGGCGACACUGUAAUCUAUGCCAGUGACGAUGAGCAGGACCGGAUUCUAUGGGUACAGGCAAUGUACCGAGCGACCGGGCAGUCUCACAAGCCAAUUCCCCCCACCCAGGUCCAAAAACUGAACUCUCGAGGGGGUACAACACCACAGCUUGAUGCACCAAUAUCUCAGUUCUAUGCGGAUCGAGCCCAGAAGCAUGGCAUGGAUGAGUUUAUUUCGGCAAAUCCCUGUAAUUUUGACCAUGCCUCACUCUUUGAAUUAGUCCAGCGUCUCACUUUAGAUCACAGACUCAAUGACUCUUACUCCUGUUUGGGCUGGUUCAGUCCUGGUCAGGUUUUUGUCUUGGACGAGUACUGCGCUCGCUACGGAGUUCGAGGCUGUCAUCGCCACUUGUGUUACUUGGGUGACCUAUUGGAGAGGGCGGAGAAUGGAGCCAUGAUUGACCCAACGCUUUUACACUACAGCUUUGCCUUCUGUGCUUCCCACGUCCAUGGAAAUAGACCGGAUGGUAUUGGUACAGUAACUGUGGAGGAAAAGGAACGUUUUGAGGAGAUCAAAGAAAGGCUUCGUGUUCUAUUGGAAAACCAGAUUACACAUUUCCGAUACUGCUUUCCAUUUGGACGACCAGAAGGUGCACUGAAAGCAACACUAUCUUUGCUUGAAAGGGUUUUGAUGAAAGAUGUUGUGACCCCAGUUCCACAAGAAGAAGUCAAAGCUGUAAUCCGUAAGUGUCUGGAACAAGCAGCUCUGGUCAAUUACCAGCGCCUGUCAGAGUACGCUAAACUGGAAGAAAAUGUUGGCCGAUUAGUUACUCCUGCAAAAAAACUUGAGGACACCAUUCGCUUGGCUGAACUUGUAAUUGAGGUACUACAGCAGAAUGAGGAGCACCAUUCUGAGGCUUUUGCAUGGUGGUCAGACCUGAUGGUGGAGCAUGCCGAGACCUUCCUGUGUCUCUACUCUACUGACAUGGAUGCUGCUCUUGAGGUUCAGCCGCCUGACAGCUGGGACAGUUUCCCCCUCUUUCAACUACUUAACGACUUCCUGAGGCUAGACUACAACCUUUGCAAUGGAAAGUUCCACAAACACCUGCAAGACAUGUAUGCCCCCCUGGUGGUGCGUUAUGUGGACCUGAUGGAGUCCUCCAUUGCUCAAUCCAUUCACAGAGGCUUUGAAAGGGAAUCUUGGGAACCUGUCAACAAUGGCUCAGGGACAUCAGAGGAUCUCUUUUGGAAAUUGGAUGCUUUGCAGACCUUCAUCCGAGAUCUCCACUGGCCAGAGGAAGAGUUUGGGAAACACCUGGAAACCAGACUAAAACUAAUGUCCAGUGACAUGAUUGAAUCGUGUAUAAAAAGAACGCGCGCAGCAUUUGAAGGCAAGCUUCAAAGGAGCAGCCGGACUACAGACUUCAGAGUGCCCCAGUCUAUCUGCACCAUGUUUAAUGUUAUGGUAGAUGCCAAGGCCCAGUCUGCCAAGCUGUGUGCCAUGGACCUGGAUCAAGAGAGACAAUACCAUUCCCAAAUUGACAAUCUCAUUGAGGAAACUGUGAAGGAGAUGAUAACUCUGCUGGUAGCAAAGUUUGUGGUUAUUCUGGAGAGUGUUUUAUCAAAACUCUCCAGAUAUGAUGAGGGAACGCUCUUUUCUUCUUUCCUUUCUUUCACAGUGAAGGCUGCCUCAAAAUAUGUGGACGUACCUAAGCCCGGAAUGGAUGUGGCUGAUGGUUAUGUGACCUUUGUUCGACACUCCCAAGACAUGCUGCGGGAGAAAGUUAAUGAGGAAGUGUACACUGAAAGAUUGUUUGAUCAAUGGUACACUAGCACAAUGAACCUCAUUGGAACAUGGCUUACAGACCGCGUGGACCUGCAACUGCAUAUCUACCAGUUGAAAAUUCUCAUCAGAAUUAUUAAGAAAAAGUACCGUGACUUCCGCCUCCAAGGGGUUCUCGAUUCCACGUUAAACAGUAAGACGUACGAAACUGUUCGAAAUCGUCUGACCUUAGAAGAAGCCACUGCAUCAGUGAGGGAGGGAGGGAUGCAUGGCAUUUCGAUGAAGGACAGUGAUGAAGAGAGCAGCGAUAACUAAAUGAAGACAUCAAUGACGUCAAAGCGGAUCAGCAAUAUGCUGCCCAAGAACACACACAGCCUUCCCGAGGUCCAAACAUGUUGGCCCAACGUUUGACAUCACUUGCUCUGUGAGGUUUUUGUUCUCUGUUCCUGUAAAUUUAUUGUUUCUCAGAAAUAUUACAAAGGGAAAAUUCGUCUUGUGCUUGAAACACUUGCAGGAUAUACUGACUCAAGUCCUUGAGUAGGGUUAUGAUUGAAUUUACAACAGCAAAAUAUUAAUGAGCAAAAAAAAGUAGCAAAACUUAAAUGGUCACAGUAAACAGCAUGAGCUAAUUCAAUGCAAGAUGACCCGAGAAGACUACAUUUUUUAUGUUUAGGAGAAUUCAAGUAUUGUGUCACUGUCAAAUAUCAAAUCUGUUAUUGAAUUGUCACUUCUUAAUAUUUAACUCGCUUUACUGAAAAUGGCACUAAUAAAAAGAGGUACUACUGGUAAUAAUUUAACAUCAAGUAAGUAGAAAAUAUUGCUUUGAAUUGAUUUUGUUUAUUCAAUGUUUUGUGUCUCUAAACUUGAAAAUGUUUUCUUGCAAUAUGUUUUGACACUAGUUGAGUCUGAAUUAACAGCACCUCUGCUACUAGUUGGUGCUGAGUACUUUAAAACAUUUUGCCUUAAUUGCUUGAAGUAACAAUAUAUAAAGUCCACAAAACCAACUGGAUUCUUGAUAAACAACCACUUACUGUUUCUAUUCCAAGGCCAGAAACAUGCAAUUGGGGAAAUUGUAAUUUCUCUCUCCCUGACUAUCACAAAAGAACACCUUAAAGAUCAUCUUUAUUUGUUUUAUUAUUUUUAUUUUAUGUAGUGACAUGAAUACAAUCAAUGUUACUGGGUAAAAUAAAGAUGGGCAAAGAUUUUACUGUUAUGCUGGUAUAUAUAACAUGUCUUAUAAGGAAUAGUCCCUAUAAACAGAAAUGUCUCUUGUUCUUUGUUCUGUAUGUCGUACCAGGGCAGCACCGACUGCUGGAGAAAAAUUCCUUGUGUGUUUUUACACACUUGGUCAUUAAAUCUUAUUCUGAUUCUGAUAUAAAUAUUGUUCAUAUAAUUUGAUCAAUAACAGGCUAGACACUUGUAAAAAAAUAAAUACGAUUCUAAUUAAACCCCGGUUUUAUGUGAUUAAAUGUCUCCCAUGCACAAAUAGCCAUGCUAAAACCUCCUAUUUUCAAAAGAUUAUUGAUUAUCUAAAUUUUUAGAUAAUCUUAGAAAUCUUAGAAAGAAGGUUUUUAAAUUCACAUUUUUAGAUUGAAAUAUCAGGUUAUUCUUAUAAUCAUCACAGGCUACCGACAUACUGCUGUUACCUAACAAAUACAUUUGUGAGGUAUCACCAAAAUUAACUUUCACUUGAUACACGCCUGUGUUUAAUUUCAACCCUUUUUUUUUUGUAGUUCCUUUUGUGCAACAUUAUUUUGCACCCUUAUUUUCCAGAAUGACGGGAUACCUGUAGGGGAAAUUAUUUAAAAGGAUAAUGAGAAGUGGUGUCUUUCGGUAUUUUAACUUGUGUGAGUAUUACUUUCCUGUAAAAGUGCUGCAUGUAGUCGACAUUCACUUUUCCAAAUGUUCUUGCCACAAUAUGUGUCACAGAUUUGCAUUUGUCCCGCUUCAAUAUAAAGAGCAUUUGAAUAAAGGUGAA